GCUGGUGGGAGGAAGAAGAGGGCUGUGGCCGCAGGUGACGCCGAGGCGGCGGGAGGUGCGGUGAGCGGAGCUCGGCGACUGCACUUUCGGGCACUCCCUCCGCCCCUUUCUCUGCGGUGGAUGGCGGCGGGAUGGAGCGCGAGGGGAGCGGCGGCAGCGGGGGCUCGGCCGGGCUCCUACAGCAGAUCCUCAGCCUGAAGGUGGUACCGCGGGUGGGCAACGGGACCCUGUGCCCCAACUCCACCUCCCUCUGCUCCUUCCCAGAGAUGUGGUAUGGUGUGUUCCUGUGGGCACUGGUGUCUUCUCUCUUCUUUCAUGUCCCUGCUGGAUUACUGGCCCUCUUCACGCUCAGACAUCACAAAUAUGGUAGGUUCAUGUCUGUAAGCAUCCUGUUGAUGGGCAUCGUGGGACCAAUUACUGCUGGAAUCUUGACAAGUGCCGCCAUUGCCGGAGUAUACCGCGCAGCAGGGAAGGAGAUGAUACCAUUUGAGGCCCUCACCCUGGGCACGGGACAGACGUUCUGUGUAGUGGUGGUCUCUUUUUUACGGGUUUUAGCUACUCUAUAGCAUAUACUCUCUAUGGUAUGAGGCUAAGCUCUGUUUUAGAACAGCCUCAGAAGGAAUACAUUGGAGUAGUAUUUUCUUAAGCUCUCCAAAUGGAAGCAACGUGGAUGAAUAGGAAUCUGAACCACAUCUCCGCCUCUUCUUCAACUUGACACGCCAGCCAUCAAAGGUCUCUGUGGACUCCUGUUAUUCCCAACCAAGACAGAACAAGUUGCUUGCUUUUCUUUCUAUGGACAUUUAAUUGAAGAACUUUCACGUGCACACCUUGACCCAAGCCAAGCCAUCAUCGCUUCUGGAUUGUAUCGCUUGCCACUUGAAUUUCCAAUAGUCUGUGAGGAAAUGCAGAGUCUCUCACCUCUUUCAGAGCAACUAUGGAAACUACUGGCUCAUUUCAAGUGUGAGUACUCUGUGCUGAAAUCUUAGUUGACCUAAACUUGAUUAAAAUCUGAAAACUCCUUUUGCGACAGCUUCAUGAUGAUAACACCAAGUUUCGGUUGAGUCUAGCUGUGAGAACAAAUUUAGUGAACUAUAACAGGUAAACAAUCGAGUAACUCAAGGAAAUGGCUUUGUUCCCACUGAGAAUGUGAUAUUUUAUGGAAAACUGCCUUGACCUCUGGUUAUUUAUUUUAAGAGAUGUGAACUUAACUGUUUUGUACAUUUGGCCAAAAUAAGCUAGUUAAUUCAGAUGCUGGGUUUGUUUUGGUUUUUCUUUUCCCAAGGGAAGGUCUCACUGUGCAAGUGGUCCAGGCUGGCCUUAACCUCACAAUCUUACUGCCUCAGCCUCCUAAGUGCUAGGAUGACAGGGAUGCACAAAACAUUUUAUUUUUAAAGUGAUGAGCUCACUGUGUGGGCCAGGCUGGUCCCGAACUCCUGCACGCCAGUGAUCCGCCUGCCUCAGCCUCCCAAAUAGCGGGGACUGCAGGCACACACCAUCAUGCCUGGUUGAGACUUUUCCAAAGAAUUUCUAUACCCCAUUUGAAAAAAAAAUUAGUUUUAGUUUAGCUGGAAAGAUACCUACCCUAUUCAGAAGUUUGAGUUGAAAUUUUAAGCCACAUUGGGUUAGGGUACCUUUCCCUUUGGGCAUUCAGGCACAUACAUAUAUCCGACAUGCUAUGAUAGUUUUUCUUAGAGACUUUAGUUUAUAGAUGACUCUUGAGAGAUUGAGGAAGUGUGGCUGAAAUGAGGGUAGGUGUUGGGGACUUGGGGGUUGUAAUCUGUUUACCUAGCACGGCCCCACAACCCACUUUGCAGUAUUAGAGCAUCACCUCCCAGAAAGUGCCUGAAGUUUCCUUUCCAGGCACACCUCCAUCCUGCCCCUUUCAACUUUUAGUCAAGAGAAUUUUUAUCCUUAAAGAGAUGUCCAAGUUUUAAAUUUUGGAUAUUUAAUUUUUGAGAUUUUUAAAAACUCAACAUUUAGCUGUUUUAAUUUCUAUUCUGCUGCUGAGUUCUUUUUUCAUUGAAAGGCUUGGAAAAACUGUGACCUUCAAAAGGGAAACAAUUGCAAAAAUUAAGUAACUUUUACCACCUAAACUGUUUAAUACAGGGCACAAUCAAUGGUGUUGUUGUCUUCCAGACAAUAACUGUCAUCCCGAAGGAGGGCUUUCAUUGAGAGAUGACAGGUCCCAGUCCACAAGCUCAAAUGCAAGUGAAUUUCUUUAAAGCCUCUGGCUUCUGAUUAGAAGGAUCAGGAGGAUCAAUUCGUUUCAUCACUUAUCAAAAUUAGAGUGACAUAUAUCAAAAUAGCAGGAAAAUUGUGAGUACACGUAAACGUCCUUUCAGAUUUCCUAACAGGAAGCUCAGCUUUCUUCCAACAAAUUGUUAAAGAUUUCAGUUUGUAGUUCAAAGAGAUGUGUUUUGUUUUGUUUUUUAGAAAACAUCCCUUCAAACCAUGUCUGUAAUCCUAGCUACUCUGGAGGCUG